UAUCAGCUGUAUUGUUUGCCUGUGCGUGCAUCCCCGCAAUUUGAUAGAAACUCGAUUGGAGAUAUUCUGCAUCCGUCACCGCUUUGAUUCCAGAGUCUUGUCAAUCUUCCUACCCGUAGUUGUUUGUCAUCGUUUGCCUCGAAUCGGCGAGGGCAGAGGAAAAAAUCAGGAAAUUUUAAUUUUCUCGUCUGUUGUUCACUUCUCGUGCAUUGUAUGUCGUGGAUGCUUGCUGAUUUCUUAAGUGUUUUACAAAGAAGCUGUUCACUGUUGUUCAAUCAGGCGUAAAUUCUUGCUACUAUGCAGAACGUGAUCAAUUCAGUCAAAGGAACAGCCCUCGGUGUGGCCGAAUAUUUGACGCCGGUGUUGAAGGAAUCCAAAUUUCGGGAGACGGGAGUGCUUACGCCGGAAGAGUUUGUAGCAGCGGGUGAACAUCUGACGCACCAUUGCCCUACCUGGGCCUGGGCGGUUGGAGAUGAAGCUAGGAUAAAACCAUAUCUCCCGAAAAACAAGCAGUUUCUGAUAACACGAAAUGUGCCAUGCUACCGACGAUGCAAGCAAAUGGAAUAUGUCGGGGAGGAAACACUGGUCGAAGAAAAUGACCAGGAUGGUGGUUGGGUAGAAACACAUCACUUCAAUCCGGAUGGGGCUAACGAAUCAGGUUUAGAGGAUAAGAUUUGCGAAAUGACAUUGGACGGAGCGAAGAUGGAUGAUGAAGCUGCGCUUGAUAUGGACGAUCCGAAAAAUCUAGAAGGAAACGGUGGUGAUGAGGGGGAUGAGGAUGACGAAGAAGCAGCUAUCGAUAUGGACGAAUUCGAGGAAAGUGGCUUGCUGGACCAAGUUGACCCGUCUUUGGCAACGGUGCCGAUCGAGAGCGUCAAGAAGAAAGCAACGGAAGCGGAAGGUGACUCAGUGGUCCACACUCGCACCUAUGAUCUGCAUAUCACGUACGAUAAGUACUACCAAACCCCGCGAUUGUGGGUUGUAGGCUACGACGAGAAUCGCAAGCCAUUAACCGUGGAACAGAUGUACGAGGAUGUUAGUCAGGAUCACGCCAAAAAGACUGUGACAAUGGAAACCCACCCGCAUUUGCCGGGUCCUAACAUGGCAUCCGUCCAUCCUUGCAAACACGCUGACAUAAUGAAAAAGAUUAUCCAAACUGUUGAGGAAGGGGGCGGUGAACUGGGGGUUCAUAUGUAUCUCAUCAUAUUCCUCAAGUUUGUACAGACAGUGAUACCAACGAUUGAGUACGACUUUACUCAAAAUUUCAACAUCACCAACAAGUAAAUCAUCGCUACGAUGAGGAACAAGCUAGACACUAUGAUAUUAUUAUGAUAAAAAGCUUCUGCUAGCUAGCUUUACGUUGAAAGACAUGUAGUUGCUUAAGUCGCAGCAAUAAAAAAGGUGUGCUUCGAGCAGAACGCAGUUUCACGUGAGUUUCGAACACCAGUAUAUUUCUUGUUUAAAUUGGAUCGAUGUAAAAUUCACUAAAUUACAAAUGAAAUAUAUUUUAGUACUGCAAUGAUGUA